GCCCGCAAGUUGAACCCAAUCGAGCACCCCGCAACCGCCCGCGACAGCGCGCGCCAAUACAUAACCCGCACGCACGUGAAAAACAAGCAAAAAAGAGCCCGCAAAAAUCAUGUCGGUCUUCCGCUCCCCCCGCUUCUUCAGCUCGAAGAAGGUCGUCAAGAACACGCAGCCGAGCCGCACGCUCAAGGACCUCGAGGCCUCCGGCGCCGCGGGCGACGGCGUCGACGACGAGGAGUACAUCCUCGAGGAGCGCGCGUCCGUCGAGGUCCUCGAGCCCGCGGAGGAGCGCAAAUCCGUCGAGCUCGGCGAGCGCAAAUCCGUGACCUUCUCCCGGUCCCUCGGCGAGCGGCCACACAACUCCCUCGGCGAGCGGCCGUCCCUGUCGCGCGCGGACCUCCUCGGCGGCAAGCCGGGCCACUUCGCGCGGACGCACGUCAGGAAAGUCGUCGCCGACGCCGCCAAGCCGAACGUCACCAUCGUCGUCGACGGCGCCGGCGGCGACGUCGUCGCCGACUCGUCGCUCGUCAAGAUCAAGCGCAAGGGCCUCCGCCCGGGCCUCGGCCGCCAGGGCUCCCUCGGCGCCCGCGCGGCGCCGCGGGGCACGCGCGCGCCGCCGGCCGCCGAGGUCGAGGGCGAGGCGAGCCCGGCGAGCGUGACGGAGGACGUCGCCGCCAAGACGGAGCGCGAGAAGGAGCUCGAGGCGCGCCUCGCGGUCCUCGAGGAGCAGCUCAGCAAGACGCAGUGCCG